AUGCACAUGCUCAGCCCUGACGGUAUCUCGCACACAUUCGACGAUCGAGCUAAUGGAUAUGGUAGAGGAGAUGGUAUUGCCUCCUUAGUCCUCAAACGACUGUGUGAUGCCAUUCGAGACGGCGAUACUAUACGUGCCGUCAUACGCGGCACUGGUGUUAACGCCGAUGGUAAGACACCUAGUGUCACACAACCUAGCGCCAAAGCACAAGCCGAUCUAAUCAAUCAGACCUAUGAGGAUGCAGGCUUGGAUCAGUCAGAUACGGGGUACUUUGAAUGCCACGGUACUGGUACACCCGUAGGUGACCCUCUGGAAUUGACUGCUAUUGCCACCACCAUCGGAGCGGCAAGGCGAUCAGCCGGGAAAUCUCCACUCCCUAUUGGUAGUAUCAAGCCAACCGUGGGCCAUACAGAAGGAUGUGCUGGCCUAGCAGGAGUGUUCAAAGCUAUCCUGCUGCUCGAAAAAGGAAUGCUGGUACCCACGUACGGCGUGCAAAGUGUGAACCCAAAGCUCAAACUUGAUGAUUGGCACCUUACUCUCCCACAAAGUCUUGUAAAGUGGCCCACAACAGAACUUCGCCGAGCUAGUGUUAACUCUUUCGGAUUCGGAGGCGCCAAUGCCCAUGCUAUUCUGGACGAUGCUUACCACUACUGCCAACAAAGAGGUCUUGUUGGCGACCACAACACGACUAUACCUCGCCCAGACUUGGCCGAAAGAACGGAUGACGGCCAAGAGACAGAUGUCACCAUCGGUGCUUUCAAACAGUUGUUCCUUUUCACUGGAAAAGACAAGUCCGGUGCUCAGCGGGUGGCCGAUAGAUUGAACACGUGGCUGCAGAAUGAAGCCAUGGAAAAUAACACAAAAAAUCUUGCAUAUACCCUCGCUAUGCGCCGUACGCAUCUGGAGCAUCGGGCUUUUACGGUUGCCCGAUCGCGAUCGGAGCUCACAGAGCGACUCGCAAAGGGAUUGCCAGCAGCUAUUCGAUCACAGCGCUAUGGCAAUAACCUUGUUAUGAUAUUCACUGGCCAGGGUGCUCAGUGGGCAGGAAUGGGUCGCGAACUCCUCGAAAUUCCUGCGUUCCGCCGUAGCAUAGAGACUUCACAGUCCUACCUCAAGGCUUUAGGCUGCAGAUGGGAUGCAACCGAAGAGUUGACAAACACAAACAACACGAAGAUCAACCUUCCGGAAUACAGUCAGCCUCUCUGUACAGUGGUUCAGAUAGCUCUUGUUGACAUACUACGAUCCUGGAAGAUUUUACCAACCGCCACCAUUGGGCACUCCAGUGGCGAGAUCGCAGCUGCAUAUGCCGCUGCGCUGCUAUCUCAACACGAUGCAGUAAAGCUGGCUUACUUCCGCGGGCUCAGCUCUUCAGCUGUUUCUAGAAAAGGUGCAAUGAUGGCUGUCGGGCUUGCCCAAGAUGAAGCUCAGAAGUAUCUCGAGAACGUCCCCCCUGGAUCUGCUGUUGUAGCUUGUAUCAACAGUCCUUCUAGUGUGACUCUGUCGGGAGAUGUUGAAGCUAUCGAUCAGCUGGAAAUUCUGAUUUCUCGAGAUGGCAAGUUUGCCCGUAAACUGGAGGUUGUCACUGCGUACCAUUCUCCUCACAUGAAGGAGGUCUCAGGGACCUAUCUCCAGAGUAUUGGAGAUAUAGUACCACUCCAGAGACACACUGUGGGUGAUGCCCCCGUCAUGUACUCAUCUCUUACUGGUUGCAUCAUCUCUUCUGCCGAGGAAUUGAACGCUCAAUAUUGGGUCGACAACAUGCAGAAUCCAGUGCAAUUCUCUCAAGCUUUGCUGGCCUUACUAAAACACAGAAAAGCCAACCCAGAUAGUCAUCGCCAAGUUCUUGUGCAGUGGGGGGGUCUACUUGAAGUUGGACCCCACGCCGCUCUGCAAGGACCAUUGCGGCAAACUAUCGACACAGGCAGCAACCAGUUUGCCAAAUCUGCACCUUACAUAUCAAUGCUCUUCCGUGGCAAAGAUGCAUCAGAGACAUCUUUAACUGCCGCAGGAGUACUCUGGUCCGCAGGCUACAACGUUGACUUGAAUGCGGUCAAUAAUUUCGCAGCCUCCAAUCGGUCGGGCAUGCUUGUCAUGGCCUUGGAAGGUGCACUACUCACUGCUGACUCCUCCAAGACGGUCAAAGGCUUCCGAAUGAAUGAUGUAAUGUUCGCGCGCGGAAUGGUGAUAUCUCUCGAUGAUAGUGCGCCGGUAGAGACACGCUUGAGUUUCCAUCCACACAGCACGAAACCCGGGUCGUUUGAGUUCUCGAUCUUUUCAAUGACGAAUGGCCCGCCGUGGGCCGUAGUACCGUAUAGCAUUGACGAGAUCUAUGUCGCCCUUGAUCAGCCGAAGGAACCAGGGACUCUCUACUCUGGAUAUGGCCGAUUGCUGUCGCAUCGCGGCCGUGAAAUCACAAGUGAACUAGUGGUAUCCGACCAAGAGUGGUCAGAGCCGAAGCUCACAAUCAAAAACUUUGGUCUUCGUCAAGUCACGUCUGAUAAAGCAGGCCACGUCACUACAACCACCAACAAAACAAACUCCAAGAUGAUCAAAAAUUGCGCCAACAUCUCUUGGGUCCCUGACCUCGAGUUCUUGGCUGACGGUGGGGAUCUCACAAAGUUGAUAUUAUCCGGGACGGAGGCUUAUCCAAUGGACACCUGGCUAGACGCCAUAUUCCUGAAGCAAGCAAACAGCACAGCACUGAUCAUUUUGUUUGAUGAGUCUGAACGUAAUGUGGAGAUUCUUGUUCGUCUGAAGACCAGGACUUACGGACCUAGCAAGAUUUUUGCCUUUGCUACAUCUCAACCCGGAUCCGAGGUGAUGCGAGCUGCGCUUGGUGCAAGUUCUGAGAAUUUGAACAUAAGCUAUGAUUGGCUACCAACGAGCCAAAUUUUCCAGAAGCUUGCGCCAGAAGCAAAUGAUCUUGUCAUCGCUUUAGGAGUUCCGGACAUCGCCAACAACGCUGCAAUUCUCACUAGGCUGUCUCCACUAGCUUGUCUCACCUAUAUCAAGGAGCCGAGUGAAGAAGAUAUUGUUCUGUCAGGGAGGACUUGUGUCAGCCGCCUGGAGGAGGAUAAAAUUUGCUUCCUGUUCGCAACGAGGACGAGUCCAGACUUGACUGAGCUACCAAGCUCAAUUGUGCUUCUCCUGCCUGCCCAGCCAUCCGAUAAUCUUAGCACGCUCGCAAACAUGAUUCAAGCGAGGCUUGAUGGCUUUGGUACGUCGGUAACACAGUCAGGAUUGUCUGCAAGCAGCAUUGCUUCGCUUGGCGGAAAGUCAGUGAUCUCGCUCCUUGAAAUCGAUAGUCCGCUGGUGUAUGAAUGGAACGAAGAACAGUUCAGCGCAUUCAAGGACCUCGUAUCUACGGUCAGACAUCUUUUCUGGAUCGCUCGUGGUAGCGUGCUCGAAAGCUGGUCGGGCGGUGUCGAAUUCGCAACAAGCCAGGGUCUGUUCAGAGUCAUGCGUAACGAAUAUCCAAUGGCAAUCUUGCCGAGCCUGAACUUAUCUGCCGUGGCAGAAAUCUGCAACGCCAAAUACGCAGAUCUUGUUCUGGAUGUUUGGCGAGCGUCGUUAGAUGAGCAUGGAGAAAUGGAAUAUGUUGAAGCCAAUGGCUUGAUAUACGUUCCGCGUGCAACCGAGAAUGCUGGUUUCGAUUACGAACUGCAGCUAGCAAGCAAUACGGCGAGUCCAACCUUGGCGGCGUUGGACGUUUCAGGAGAACCGCUCAAGGCGAGCCAGUCCCCCGACUCUAGAGACUGUAUCUGGAUCCCAGACGACGAAGCAAAUUCACCGCUGGGAGCAGAUGAGGUCGAAGUCAAUGUUGAAUGCGCGGGGCUCGGAAGCGGCUCAACACUAGAUUCUGUUCGUCAUGCUGUUGGCAUUGUUACACGUCGUGGCGAUUCUGUCACAGCUUUUGAGCUUGGUCAACAUGUCAUCGUGUUCUCCACCGCUGCCGCGAGAACUCAUAUACGCCAGAAUCAGGCUAUGGUCGUGUCAAAACCUGAUUACCUAGAACCGCAUGAUGCUGUUGCGCUUGUUGAGCCGGUAGUGACUGCACAGUAUGCACUUAUUGAGUUGGCACGGUUGAGUCAGGGACAACUGUGUCUGUUCGAUAACGCAGGAAGUGCUGUCGGCCAAGCCUUGAUGCAAGUCGCGAAAGCGGUUGGCUCUGAUAUGUUCGCUUUGGUACAUAAUAAAGCAGAGCGAGACUUGAUUGUGGAUCGAUUUGCAAUCCCCACAGAUCACGUCUUUGACUCGGCCCUGAAUAAUUUUGUGCCGCUCAUUGAGAGCGCCAUCAACCAACGCGGAAUUGACGUGUUUGUCAGCCAGCACUCGGGUACACAUAUCGCUGGAGCCGUGUCUAUUAUGAGCGCAUUUGGUCAUUUUGUCGAUAUCACAACUGAGGGUCCCAGAGUUUCUCUUCCAUCGGCCUCCAACAUAACACUUACUCGCGUUGACGUGAAAGCAGUAGUAAAGGGCAGGAAGAAUGUCGUCAGCAGACUUUUCCAACAAGCGUUCACCGAGUACAGCCUCCAAGGCCCUUCACACAUGGUAGCCAUACCAGCCACUAACCUACCAGCCGUACUGAACAAUGUCCGGGCCGAACAAACCGUCAUAACACUUCAUGAUGCAACUCCUGUGCUCAUGCCUCCGCCACCCGCGCGCGAGUUGGAACUCGAUGGUCAAGCGACCUACGUGCUCGUUGGUGGACUAGGUGCUCUAGGGCUGGAAAUCGCCGGCUGGAUGGUGAACUGCGGUGCCAAACAUCUUGUUUUUUUGUCUCGGGCAGGCGGGUCGAAGAAUCACGAUGAUCUGCAGAGGUUAUCCGAGCGUUUCGUGCAAGCUGAAGCCUACAAGUGUGAUGUGAACGACGCAGCCAGUGUUGCCCGUGUCUUUGAUACGCUCAAGGUGGGCGGUAAGCGAAUUGCCGGAGUGGUUCAACUUGCGAUGGUUCUUCAAGACUGCAUUUUCGAAAACAUGUCCUUCCGUCAGUGGCGUAAUGCAAUCAGUCCCAAGACUGAGGGCUCAUGGAACCUUUUGGCCAAUAUCUCGCCGGGCGAUAAAUCUUUCUUCAUCCUGCUUUCGUCUAUCACAGGUGUUAUAGGCAACAAAGCCCAAGCAAAUUACGCUUCCGGAAACACCUUUGAGGACGCGUUGGCGCAUUAUGCUCGUACUCAUUUAGGCAUCAACGCUACCAGUAUUGAUGUCGGAUUGGUAUCUGACUCAUCACACUUUACCACGGCCGGAGCAUUCGGUGAUCUCGAAAGCUAUGUAAGGCGGUAUCAGCACGGUUGGCGCGGUCUACAGACCAACCUUACAGAGCUCGGCGUCGUCAUGCGGGCCAUCAUGCGCGGCUCCACCACAAAUGGACAAGAGGCACCUGCACAGCUGGUGCUAGGCUUAGGUGACGGCAUCAAGCACAAUGAGAGCAUGGGAGGCUUCUCACGAGACAAGAAGUUUCAGCUACGCGUUGUCGGAAAAGGAGACGAAGCCGAAGGCGUUGAUGCAAAGCAGGACGUAGGCGCCCUCUUGUCUAAUGCAACGACUAUGUUGGAGGCGACAGCAGUUGUAGAAGAUAACAUCAAGGAAAUGAUCGCUGCGUCCAUGAGUAUUGGUAUAGAAGAGAUCGAUCCUCAAAAACCUCUAUUUGAAUAUGGUGGCAAGUCCUCCCUUUCGCUUUUCGAAAAUGCUUUCAACAUUUCGCUAACUCCUGUAGUUGAUUCUCUACAAGCCGUGGAAAUUAGGAACCGGGCUCAGAAGUUUAUGCGUAGCGAUAUUUCCGUCUUCGAUAUCUUGAGUGCAAUGCCACUGGCGGAUGUAUCUGCCAAAAUUUCAGCGAGGAGUCAAUUGGUCAAGGUAACCGAUAGUGAAGAAUAG